UUCUUUUUGGAGUAUUUCCACCCCCACUAUCCACUUGGGGUCAAACGCGAGCUUGUCCGCCACUUUAGCUAUGCACAUAGCUGGCCAGCAGUGGCAAUUUCAUCGGCGCAUCAUGGCGUUCAACACGGUCAUCACCUGGAUGCACCAUCGGAUCAGAAGGCGAUGGCAGCGGAGUUGCGGUUGCUCAGGCUGCGGGGAGUCCAGGUGAAUGCCUUCCACUACACGCGCUGCCUGGGAAACAGCUGGGAAGAAGCCCCGGCCCUGCUGAUAGACCUGGCUUUGCGGGCCGUGCAAACGGAUAUUUAUUGUUUCAACGGAGCUGCCAAUCUCUCCGGCAAAGCAAGUCGUUGGCUGCAGGCACUCUGUUUGUUAUGCACUGCGCGGAGGGAAAACCACCAAUGGGAUGAGUACUCGGUGGGGAUCCUUUCGCACGCCUUGCAGGAUCACCGUUGGCAAGCUGCGGUGCAUGUGGUGUCGAAGGGGGAAGGUCUUCAUUUUUUUGCAGAACGCCAUGUGUCUUCAAGUUUCGCACUGAAUGCGAUGGCUACAGUUUCAAAGUGGCAAUGCUUACUGAGCUGCGAUGCACCCUCUACCUUGGAAGCAAACCUGGCUCUGCGAAUGGGAAGUGACCGAAGUGACCGAAGUGACCUCUGGCAGCUGAGCAUGGCAAAGUUUUGGCAGAUGCGAGGCCUCCGACUUUUGCCGGACCUUUGCAGUUUCAAUACGCUGCUGAGUUGCAGCCCUUGGUGCCGAGGCCUAGGCCCCCUCGCCCGGCUGCAGGACCUUGCUUUAAGACGAGAUCAUGUGACCUUCAAUACAGCCAGCACUGCAGCUGCUCAAGCACAGUGUUGGAGGACCGGCCUCCAGCUCCUGCGUGGGGUCCUUCAGCACGCCACGGCCGGCCCCUCCGCCUUGGCGGGUGCGUUGAGGGCUUGGAGCUGGGCCAGCCAGCUGUUCCGGGAGGUUGAGCAACUGGCGCUUGAAAUCGAUGCACCCUUUGCCACGGCUACCUCCACCCUCGUCACGGGCGCGGGCCGCUGGCCUCUGUCACUGCACCUGGUUGCUGUUGGAUCACAGGAGGACCAGGACCCCCUGCAGCGCAACGCCCAGCUGACGGCCCUGGCAUCGGCCCGGCGCUGGCCAUCGGCCUUGCGGCUGGUGCAGAAAGCUUGGGUGCAGCGGUGGCAGACAGACGACUAUGGCUGCAGCCAGGUGGUGGAUGCCAUCAGCCAGUGCAAGCAAUGGCCUUCAGCUCUGGAUACGAUCAUGAAAGCUGGAGCACCGCCUUAUGCUCUGAACAGCUUCAUGACCUCCAUUUUCUCGGCCUGGCGCUGCGUACUGUUCCUGGCUGCUGCUGGGCUCAUCACCUGCAUCUCGGCCGUGCUGUCGACGCUGGUGAAAGGAUGUGGCACCUGGCGGCCAGGCCUCCACUUCUGGCAUCAGAACUCUCAGGGGAGCAACUCAGCCUGCAAUGCUGUCAUCAGCCUUCUGCAAGAUGACCAGCAGUGGCAACGUGCAGCUUGGUGCUUGGAGCUUAUGGGUGCCAAGCAUUUGGAAGCAGAUGAGUUGAGCAAAAGCUCGGCGAUGAACCACAGGACAUGGUGUUGCGCUUUGCAGCUGCUGCCGACUUCUGUGGAUCAGGUGACUUUGGCCACGCUAGUGACAGCCUUGCCAUGGAGCGCUGGUCUGCGUGCGCUGUAUGACUGGGCUCCACGACUGCGAGCAGUUCCUGAUGAGACCUGCUACAAUGCGUGUGCUUCAUCUUUGCUGCGCUCCGGGCGCUGGCGCGACCUACUGCAGCUGUGUCAUGGCGAAGAAACGCAGCACAGCAUUGUGACUUUGAAUGCAGCUGCUGCCGCCUGCGCGGAUCGCCACGAUCGACUUGCCAAGAUCUUGAUCCAAAUGAAUGCUGCAGCCAUGAGAUCACUCAGCAUCUUCGACACAUGAUGAUGUUGUGAUGCUUGAGAUUCAGCGAUAGCGCAACGCUACCGAGCCUUUGCCACCCCAAGCUGCAGAAGAUGAGGGACAGCUGCUCCACAAGAGGCUACCAGAUUGCCUCGUAAUUUGCCACUACCGGGACAACUGUACAUGCUCGACUCCACAGGACUUUGCCAUCACACCUAGGGACAUGGAUGGACCAGUUCCGGUAGCAAAACCAAUGCUGCUUGGAGGAGCAGAGUACUACGGCACUCCAGGGCAGCGGAAAA